AUGUUUUCAUCUCAAAUGAAAUUCAACGAAGAGAAAAGGCUGAAGAAAAUAAAAGAUAUUCCAUUAGUUAUCCUAGAAGAAGGCAGUUACGAGAAAGAUGUCCUGUUUUAUGUGAAUAUUGGCGAGCCACAAAUGAUUGGAGUAUCUUUUUUAACUGAUAUAUGUUUGCAAAACACAAGUAUACAAACAUGUAAGGUUUUUCUUUCAAGCAAAAGUUUAAACACAGCGCAGUGGUGUAGCUCCUCUAGAGGAAAAUUGCUGAAAUUUUGCAAAAUAAUUUGGCGCUUAAUUGCUCCUCUGAGGAUGAAAAUAAAACUUAAAAACGAGAAGUUUUCACAUGAUUAUUCACCAGACAUUUUGAGACUUCUUCGAAUUAUUCUAUGA